AUGGAGGUAGAGAAAAAGGAUGACAGCAUCAGGAAUCUGGGGCACAGUGGAGACGUCAGGCAACAGGAAACGCGGCCGGGCCUGCAGGUCUGCGUGGAGCCGCGGUUGCGGGGUUGUGUAUUCGGCAGGAUGGGGUUCGUGAAGGUCGUCAAGAAUAAGGCCUACUUUAAGAGGUACCAAGUGAGAUUCCGAAGGCGGCGAGAGGGUAAAACUGACUACUACGCCCGGAAACGACUGGUGAUCCAGGACAAAAAUAAGUACAACACACCCAAGUACAGGAUGAUAGUCCGGGUCACCAACAGAGACAUCAUCUGCCAGAUUGCGUACGCCCGUAUAGAAGGGGACAUGAUAGUCUGCGCAGCGUAUGCACAUGAGCUGCCCAAGUACGGUGUGAAAGUUGGCCUGACAAACUAUGCCGCAGCCUACUGCACUGGCCUGCUGCUGGCCCGCAGGCUUCUCCAUAGGUUUGGCAUGGACAAGAUCUACGAAGGCCAGGUGCAGGUGACGGGAGAUGAGUACAAUGUGGAAAGCAUUGACGGUCAGCCUGGUGCCUUCACUUGCUAUCUGGAUGCAGGUCUUGCCCGGACUACAACUGGCAACAAAGUUUUUGGGGCCCUGAAGGGAGCUGUGGAUGGAGGCUUGUCUAUCCCUCAUAGUACCAAACGAUUCCCCGGUUAUGACUCUGAAAGCAAGGAGUUCAAUGCAGAAGUGCAUCGGAAGCACAUCAUGGGCCAGAACGUUGCAGACUACAUGCGAUACCUAAUGGAGGAAGAUGAAGAUGCAUACAAGAAACAGUUCUCUCAGUACAUAAAGAACAACAUCGCUCCAGACAUGAUGGAGGAGAUGUACAAGAAAGCUCAUGCUGCUAUCCGAGAGAAUCCAGUCUAUGAGAAGAAGCCCAAGAGAGAAGUGAAGAAGAAGAGGUGGAACCGUCCUAAAAUGUCCCUUGCCCAGAAGAAAGAUCGGGUUGCUCAAAAGAAAGCGAGCUUCCUCAGAGCUCAGGAGCGGGCUGCUGAGAGCUAAAGCAGUUUUAGAGUUUUUUUUCAUAAAGACAAUAAACUUAUUGGC